GCUCUAUUUGCAUCAUGAAGUUGUACGUUUUCUGCGCGGCAUUGGUAGCCGCUGUAGUCGUCAUAGAAUGCUCGCACACUUUCCUGGGCACCAACGUGCUGAGGCAGAAGGUCUUCCACCGCAACAUAAAGUACGACUCGUAUAUGCUCAGGAAGCGAGUCGAGUUUCUGAACUUCACCAUGCCUACUAAAUAUGGCUAUGGAAGAUCUAUUCAGGGUAUCCUCUUCUACGACAAGACGAAAUCGACCGCGUCAGCGAACGUGACAGCUGGAGGCCUCGGCUUCAACUACGUGACAAUGCGCAUGAAGAGCGAGCGCGGACGUGGCAUGCGCUUUGACGUCUUCAUAUACGCUUAGAAAAAAAAU